AUGGCAUGGGCUGACACCGAAUUCAUUGGAUGUGGUGCGAAGAAAUGUGAAAGCCCUUUUCUGCCGGGCAUGGAUGUGUUGUUCGAGUUUCGAAUGGCUUGCCUUUAUAAAGAAAAGGGAAACAUUUUGAAUUCGAACAUUUAUCAACAAGGAAAGGCCUGCUCUUCCUGCCCUUCUGGAUUCAAGUGCGAGGGUGAUUCUGGAUUGUGUGUCAGAAAUUAA